UUCACAUCAGUCAAAAUAUGAAAUGAUCAGUAAGGAUGAAACAAACAGAAAUGCUGAUUCAAGUCAUGAAAGAUAUUUAAAAAUAAUAACAAAUCUAGAACAGUCUCUUUUAGAAAAAGAUAAACUUUUAAAAGAAACACAAAAGAAUGAAGAACAGCUUAAAAAAGAAAUUGACAUUUUAAAUAAAUCAAAAAGUUCCAGAUUAAUGUUUGACCCUUCGACAGUUGAUCAGUUAAUCAAUGAAGCCAGCGAAAGCGUUUGGAGACAAGAAGCUGAAUAUCGAGAACAGUUAAGGAAGAGCAUUGCCAAUGAUAUUGACAAAUUAGAAGAAAGACUAAAAAUAUCAUCUCUUUAGUUAUGAGAUAUAUCAUUUGUUAUUUCAUCAAUUUGUAAAUACAUAAUUUUAUUUGUUUAUAUCAUUUUGUCAAUUUUACUUAAAUCUGAGUAAAGAAAUCAUAUUGUGUUAUAUGUUAAAUACAUUUUCA